AUACUUUGAUUAGAAAAUAAUAAAUAAUAAUAAAUAACAUAAGAAAAACUAAUAGAUUAUGAAGAAAUUAAGCUAAGUAUUUAUUGUGCUAGUAAUUUUCUAGUCUUUAAUUUCAGUGUCACUUUGUGAGGACAUAUAUACUAAACACUACUAAAAGGCUUAGUAAAUUGUGUCAAAAAUGACUUUGGAAUAGAAAUUAGGUUAAAUGACUCAACCUGAUCUUUCUUCACUUUCUUCAAAUAAUGUUACAAAUUUCUAAAAAAUUAAAGAGCUUGGACUUGGAUCUGUUCUUGUUGGUGGUAAUGGAGCUCCUACUGAUGAUGGUAAUCUUCAAACUGGUAAUCUUAAUUAUCACUUGGCUACAAGAGAAAACUGGAAAAAGUUAGGCGAUAGAUUAAUGGAGGAAACAGUAAUUGAAAUAACAUUAGAUGAAUAAAAAUAAGAGGUAGCAAAGAUCCAAUUACUUUUAGGUACUGAUGCAGUACAUGGAAAUCAACACGUGAUAGGUGAAGUAUUAUUCCCUCAUAACAUUGGUUUAGCUGCAACUUAUAAUCCUGAGCACUUCUAUUUGUAAGGUCAAAUUACUGCAAAUAACACUUUGGCUAGUGGAUGGAACUACUUAUUUGCCCCUACUGUUGCUGUUUCUCAUAAUGCAUAAUGGGGAAGAUAUUAUGAAACAUUAGGUUAAAACCAUGAUAUGAUUAAAAAAUACGCAAAAGAAUUCGUUAAUGGAGCCUAGCAAGUUGACCAAGAUGGAGUUAUUAGAGGAGCUAUGACUAGUACCAAGCACUUCUUAGGUGAUGGAGCUACAUAUGAAGGAAGAGAUGAAGGCAAUGAUAAAAUUUAUAACUUUACUGCUUUUCUUGAACAUAAUAUUCAAGGAUACAGGGGAGGUAUUGAAGCUUAAACUGGUACAAUUAUGUGCUCAUAUUCCGCUAUUAAUAGUAUUCCUAUGGCUAUUAAUGCAGAUCUUUUAUAAAACGUUUUGAAGGAAAAAGAAGGAUUUACUGGUUUUAUCAUAAGUGACUAUAACGAAAGAUCUAAAGUAGCUUCUUAAGGAUAACCUACAUCAAAUAUUAAAAUGACUGAGUAGGAAUCAACUUGCUUGAUUAUUAAUGCAGGCAUGGAUAUGAUGAUGAUGGGUGGAGGAGCAGAGGACUACAUUAAAGACUUGAAAAAGUGUGUAGAAAGUGGUGAAGUUGCCAUGGAUAGAAUUGAUGAUGCUGUAAAGAGAAUCUUAGCUGUUAAAAUGGCCAUGGGUAUCGUCUAAAUAGUUAAUAAUACAAGCAUUCAAAUUCAAAAAUUAGAAUAAUAAUAGCCUGUAGAUCCUUAAUUUGUUGCACAAUCAGCUCUAUAAGCUGCCAAAGAAUCUUUAGUACUAUUAAAGAAUGAGAAUGAUUUACUUCCAAUUAAUUUAGCAUAAAUUGAAUAUGUAAUUUUAAUUGGUGAACGUGAUAUCUAGGAAAGAGAAAAUUACUAAGUUGUUGAUGAAUACGUAGUUUAAGACACUAAUAAUAUUGGAGCUUAAAAUGGUGGUUGGUCUGUUCGUUGGUAAGGCUAUGAAGGUAAUGAAUUCUGGUCUGGAGAUUAUAAAAAUUAAUCUUCUGCUUUCUCUAUUUUCGAUUCUUUAGUUAAUAGACUUGGAAAAGAUAGAAUAUUAAAGCCCAACUAUAGCGAUAUCCGCAAUUAUACAUCAAUUCGUUAUGAGAGACAAGCAUUUAUUGAAAAACUGAAAUCAUUAAAUUUAACUAGUCAAAAUACAUUAAUUAUUGGUGCUUUAACUGAGUCUCCUUAUGCAGAGUAUAUGGGUGAAAUAAAUAACUCUUACUGCCAAGGCCAUAAAUUACCUCCUGUAGAAGGUUGCCUAUACAUAAAUGGAUAUGCUAACCCUUAUAUGCCAUAUCUGUAAAAAAGCACUCUUGAAAUAUCUUAUGAUAACUUUUCUAAUCAAGUUUUAAGUUCUGUUUCUUCAGAUAUUCCAUUGAUUACAGUUCUUAUUACAGGUCGUCCUAUGAUAAUUAAUGAUGAAAUAAGUAGAUCUACUUCAUUUAUUUCAGCUUGGCUGCCAGGAACCACAGGUGGAGAAGCUAUUGUAUAAGCAAUUUUUGGUGAAUAUCUCUUUGGAUAAAAUGGUUAUUCUAAUCGUUUACCAAUUGAUUGGGUAUAAAAAAUGGAGGACUUAUAAUAGUUCCCUAUUUACAAUCAAAAUGGUGAUAUUCCAAAAAUAUAAAAUCCCCUCUUCCAAAUAGGUUUUGGACUUUAUACUUAGAAUUCUAAAAUUGAAAAAAAUAUCCAAUGAAAUAAAGAAAUAAAUGAAUCUUGAGAACAAAAAUAAAAAAAUUAUAACUUUUGUUUUUUUAAUUUAUAUUUAAUAUAUGAAAAAAUUAAUUAUAUAAACUAAAAAAUUAUCAUUUAUGAGGUUGGUUGGUCCAUCUUUUAAUUGCAUCAAUUUAACUAAAUAUUUAUUUAUUAAACUUAGUUUUUAAACAGUAAUUUAAAUGGUAUUUAAAUAUUUUUGGCACUUAAAUAUUUUAUAUAAAUAAAAGAAAAUUAUUUAUCCCUUACUUACCCUUAACUUGUCAAUAUAAUU